CACCCCAAGAUGGCGGCCCCGGCAGCGCCCGCCCCCCCGCGCCGCCCGCGGUAGAGAGCGAGGCGCAGGGCCGGCGGGCGGCCGGUCCCGCGGGGGAGGCGGAGGGAGCCGCGGAGGCUCCAUGAGGGCGCGGGGCAGCCGCAGGCCGGGCCUGCCCAGGCGGGUGGCUCCUCCCUUGGGGAAGGAGGGCGCGGCGGGGCCUCCUCCUCCGUGUGAGCGGCAGCGCCAAGGCCGCGACCGGCGGCGUCGCACCCGGCCCCGCGGCCGCGAUGUUCUCUCUCAAGCAGCCCAAGCCCACCUUCAGGUCGUACCUCCUGCCGCUGCCUCAGGCUGAAGACCACAUGGCAGCAGAACCAAGGAUUAAAAAACUGGAACCAGUACUUCUGCCAGGUGAAAUUGUGGUAAAUGAAGUAAAUUUUGUAAGAAAAUGCAUCGCAACAGAUACAAGUCAGUAUGACCUGUGGGGCAAAUUGGUUUGCACUAACUUCAAGAUUUCCUUUAUUACGGAUGACCCGAUGCCACUACAGAAAUUCCAUUAUAAAAACCUCCUCCUUGGUGAACACGAUGUCCCGCUAACAUGCAUUGAGCAGAUUGUCACAGUGAAUGACACCAAGAGGAAGCAGAAGGUCCUUGGUCCCAACCAAAAACUUAAAUUUAAUCCAACUGAAUUAAUAAUUUAUUGCAAAGACUUCCGUAUUGUCAGAUUUCGUUUUGAUGAAGCAGGUCCGGAAAGUGCAAAAAAGGUGUGCCUUGCAAUAGCUCAUUAUUCUCAGCCAACGGAUCUUCAGCUUCUAUUUGCAUUUGAGUAUGUUGGGGAAAUAUAUCAUAAUCCAGCAAAGAAGGUGAAUGGAAUAGACCCAGGAGGUGGCGGUGGUGGCAUCGCUAGUGCCAGUAGUCAGCAGACACCUUUGUUUGAAACUUACUCUGAUUGGGAUAGAGAAAUCAAAAGGACGGGUGCAUCAGAGUGGAGAGUCUGUUCAGUCAAUGAAGGUUAUAUGAUAUCUACUUGCCUUCCAGAAUACUUCGUGGUCCCAUCUUCCUUAGCAGAUCAAGACCUUAAGCUAUACUCCUACUCUUUUAUUGGGAGACGAAUGCCAUCAUGGUCCUGGAAUCACCCUAACGGGAGUGCCCUUGUAAGGAUGGCCAACAUUAAAGAUGUACUGCAACAGAGGAGGAUUGAUCAAAGGAUUUGUAAUGCAAUAACUCGAAGCCAUCCCCUGAGAAGUGAUGUUUACAAAUCUGAUCUGGACAAGUGUCUCCCCAGCAUCCAGGAAAUCCAAGCUGCCUAUAUCAAACUCAAACAGCUGUGUGUUAAUGAGCCUUUUGAAGAAACUGAGGAAAAGUGGCUGUCCUCACUGGAAAAUACUCGCUGGCUGGAGUAUAUCAGAUCGUUUCUUAGGCAUUCUGCUGAGCUGGUGUAUAUGAUGGAGUGCAAGCACGUUUCUGUAGUUCUGCAAGAGGAAGAGGGACGGGACCUGAGCUGCCUUGCUGCUUCCCUCAUUCAAGUCAUGCUGGAUCCCUGUUUUCGAACUAUUGUUGGAUUUCAAAGUUUAAUACAGAAGGAAUGGGUCAUGGCAGGAUAUCAGUUUUUAGAUAGGUGUAACCACUUAAAGAGAUCUGACAAAGAGUCUCCUUUGUUCUUGAUGUUUCUUGACUGUGUGUGGCAGCUGCUAGAACAAUACCCAGCAGCCUUCGAGUUUUCUGAAAUGUACUUGACCGUAUUGUAUGACAGCGCACGUAUCUCACUGUUUGGCACUUUCCUUUUCAACUGCCCUCAUCAGCGAGUAAAGGAAAGCACUGAAUUUGCCAUAAGCAAAAAUAUUCAGCUGGGCGAUGAGAAAGGCCUCAAAUUUCCUUGCGUUUGGGACUGGUCUCUUCAGUUUACAAGCAGAGAUCGUCUGCUCUUUCACAACCCUUUUUAUAUUGGAAAGAGUGCACCAUGUGUACAAAACGGAGCAGUGAAAAGUUUUAAACGCUCGAAGAAAAACUACAGCUCCACAUUGCGAGGUGCCCCCCCAGCAUUAAAAAACGGAAUCAUCAGUGAGCAGGAGUUCUUUCCAAGAAGAAACUCUCUGAUACUAAAACUGAAACCGGACUUUUUGCAGCAAUCAGAGAGUCAGAGUAACAGUAUGGAACAGUACUUCAGAGACUGGUUUGCAAAGCCUGUUGAUUUGCACGGUGUAAUUCUACCCCGCAUCUCUGGAACACAAAUAAAACUGUGGAAACUCUGCUACUUCCGGUGGGUUCCUGAGGCCCAGAUCAAUCAUGGUGGCUUCAUCACUGCUUUCCAUAAAGUUUCUUUGCUGGCGGAUGAAGUAGACAUGCUAAACCGGAAUCUUCGGCAGUACAAAAGCAACUCUUCUUCACAAGGCAACUGCUCAGAACUGGAUCAAAGCAGGAUGUACUUCAGAGCAAAUGGUUUAAAUGACACCUCUGGCACCCCGGACUUUCUCUCCUCCUCAUUCCCAUUUUCUCCUGUAGGGAACCUAUGCAGACGGAGCAUUCUGGGAACACCUUUAAGCAAAUUUUUAAGUGGUGCCAAAAUCUGGCUGUCCACUGAGACGCUUGCGAAUGAAGACUAA